GGAGGGGGGGCUGCGGCGAGGCAGGAGCGACCCCCGCACGCCCCUCCGUCCCCCCGCAACCCCCCCCCCCCAUCGCGCCCCGGCCCCCCCGCCCUGCCCUGCAUGCCCGCGCAGGCAGCAUGGCCCGCAGGCAGGCGCGGGCAGCGGGCGGCGGGCGCUGGCUGCCCUGGCUGGGGCUCGCCCUGCUGCCGCUGGCCGUGCCCCCCGCCGCCGCCCCCGGGGGCUGCCCCUCCGCCUGCUACUGCGUGGCCACCCCGGAGCUGGUCACAUGCCGCUACGAGCGGCUGGAGGAGCCCCCGAGGGAGCUGCCGGCCGCCGUCCACAACCUCAGCAUCGCCGGCAGCAACCUGAGCAUCCUGCCCCGCGCCGCCUUCGCCGCCCGCCCGCUGCGCGACCUCCGCCUGCUCCGCCUGCGCCACGACAACAUCCACACCAUCGAGGACAUGGCCCUGCAGGGCCUGCCCGCCCUGCGCACCCUCGACCUGAGCCACAACCCGCUGCUCUCGGUGGCCGCGGGGGCCUUCGCCGGGGUCCCGCUGCUGCGCACGCUGCAGCUCAACCAGGCUCUGCUGGCGGCCCCGCUCGAGGAGCAGCUCGCCCUGGCCAUGCAAAACCUCACUCUGCGGCGCCUGGAGCUGGCGGGCAACGCUCUGCAGGCGCUGCCGGCCUCCCUUCUUCCCCCCGGGCUGGAGGAGCUGGACCUGCGGAACAACUCCCUGCAGCGGCUGGCGGCCGCCGAGCUCCGCAGCCUGGAGGCACCGGAGCUGCGGGGGCUGCGGCUCAACCUGGGGUCCAACCCGCUGAGCUGCGACUGUGCCCUGCGGCCCUUCCUGGCCUGGCUGCGCUCCGCGGGCUCCCGGGUGCUCGACGCGCGCAGCCUGCGCUGCGCGGGACCCCCGGCCCUGCGCGGGGCCGUGCUGCUCCGCCUGCGGCCCGAGGGGCUCGUGUGCGCGGGCAGCGAGGGCGGCGAGCCCGGCCAGCUGGAGACGGCCUCCUACGUCUUCUUCGGCAUCGUCCUGGCGCUCAUCGGCAUCGUCUUCCUCAUGGUGCUCUACCUGAACCGCCGCGGCAUCAAGCGCUGGCUCCACAACCUGCGCGAGGCUUGUCGCGACCAGAUGGAGGGGUACCACUACCGCUACGAGCAGGACGCCGACCCCCGCUGUGCCAGCGCCGUGGGCACCCCCGGCCUCUGACGGCGCCCUCGGCAUCACCCGCCGUGCCCCUCGACGCCUCUCCGCUCCCAACAUCCACACCUCGCACCAGCCCCGUCCAUCCCCUUGCCAUGGCACCGCCGAAAAUUAG